UCUUGCAAGUUCUUUGGUAGGAGGAAAAUGCCCAAAGUCAAAAGAAGCCGAAAAGCUCCCCCAGAUGGCUGGGAGCUGAUUGAACCAACUUUGGAUGGAUUAGAUCAAAAGAUGAGAGAAGCCGCAACAGAACCUCACGAGGGAAAGAGGAAGGUGGAAUCCCUCUGGCCCAUCUUCAGGAUCCACCACCAGAAAACCCGCUACAUUUUCGACCUCUUCUACAAGCGGAAAGCCAUCAGCCGAGAGCUGUACAAAUACUGCGUUGCGGAAGGCUACGCGGACAAGAGCCUCAUCGCCAAGUGGAAGAGGCAGGGCUACGAGGGCUUGUGCUGCCUGCACUGCAUCCAGACCCGCGACACCAACUCCGGAACCAACUGCAUCUGCCGGGUCCCCAAAAGCAAGCUGGAAAUGGGCCGGAUCAUUGAGUGUGCACACUGCGGGUGCCGGGGCUGCUCGGGCUGAACCCCCUCCUCCCCGCACUUAGGAUCUGGCUGGCUAUUCCCCGCCACCCCCA